UGCAUUAUGCAUUUGUCCAGUCAACUGCAUAAUUAAGUUUGACGGAAACCUGGGAACAUUACUCCUCGUAAAUCCACGCUUAAUUAACCAUCAAUUUUUUUUACAUUACAUCAUUAAACAACAAGUUUCCAUAAUUACUACAUACCUCUAAAACUUUAGAAUGGAAAACCACACUGAUCCAGAUUCAUUUCGUGCACAUCUUAUCAGCUACAUUACCGAGUUUUACACAAUUUUUGCUGCCGAAUUGGAAAGCUGCACGAGACUCGGGACAGGACAGGAAAAAGCUCAACCAGGAAAAAUUACCGGUGCAGCUGCAACUUUAGCGACACCGGUCCCCAUAGUUGGUCCAGCAUUGAAAACGGCCAUAAAUGCAGGCUACUCUAUUCUCAAAGCGAAAGAUAAGGAACUAAUCUCAAAACACCUGCUGUUUAAAACCUAUAAAGAGGAAUGCAUAAUAAAAGGCGGAGCCAGGUUGUUCAUCUCGUACAAAGAACAAAUAUUCGACUCCAUUCUAAACUCUGAUGGAAAUCGGAGAACAUUCUGUUUGGACGCCGUUCAUAGAAUAUUUUUCAGUUUUCUAUCCAACAUUAAAGAAUCCAAGCUUUGCGAGGUGGAGGGUCCUGACUGCAUCGUACAAGCGUUGGUGUCGGGACGCUCAAAAAACGGAUUGCUUUCUCGAACCACGGGUGGAAUAAUUCGGAAGGGUAAUCCCAACCUGGUUUUGAAAAAUGGAAAGAGAAUCUACGCCCAAGAACUUUUCCAAAUUUUCUCAAAUCUGUAUGACGAUAAAAAUUAUGAUUUAAAGAAUACAGAAUCUGGAAAUUUAGAAUUCUGGAAAAUAAAUGAACCGUUGAUCGAACAAGUUUAUCGUCACGUCUGCGAAUUAGUUUUGAUACCAAAUGGUCCAAAAAAUGUGCCCAAAUCUGACAGUGAACUCCCCUUAAAAAAGAAAUUCAAUUUCCGAUCCGUCACAACUACGUUUUCCGGACGAAGUGCUACUUUAGCUAAACUUGCAGAAAAAUGGGCGUCCUCAACUGAACUGACCAUUUUCGCCAUAACCGGACUUGGUGGGAUAGGAAAGACCCAGCUCGCCCUCAAGUUUUCAAUGCUCCACUUUUCAAAUAAUGUUGUCAUAUUUGCGUCCGGCGAGACUCCGGAAACAUUCCGAAACUCUAUUGUAUGUGUCGCCAAAGAGAUUAAAGUUCAUGCAGAGGAGAUGAAAACCUGGAAAACAUGUGACAUAUUUUUGAAAUGUGUGCAACAUUUUGACAAAAUUUCGCCACAAUGGCUUCUCAUUGUAGAUAAUAUGGACGAGCUCAACCCGGAAGUAACUGAAUUUCUGAAAGAUCUCCAUUCUCAGGAGGCUUGGUCACGUCGUAAUUUGAUUCUUGUCACGUCUCGCGACACUUCUGCCACUCUGCAACUGGCACCUUCUUACUCUGAAAGAUUGACCGUUUUGGAGAGUUGGGAGGCAGAAGAGUUAGUAAAAAAUUGCCUUCCCGAAGAAGAUGACAAUGACGUUGCCAAGUUGUGUGAAGUCCUCCAAUGUUUCCCUCUCGCUCUUCAGCAAGCCAUCGCAUACAUUGUGACCGAGCAACAAACCGGGUUGGACGGUCCCGCAUAUAAAAUUCCGGAUUUCUUACAGACUUUUAGCAGACUUGAUGAGAAACGUAAAGUUCUUGGGCUCAAGUUGAACUACACGCACAAUUACGAGUAUCCAACACUGGUCACGUGGGACGCAUCAUUCGCCAAGAUUAAAGGAAACAGUGAAUGUGGUCAUGAGGCGGAAAUCAUAUUGGAAUUACUCGCAUUUCUGAACCCCGACGGGGUAUCACUCACUUUCCUGGAAUCUAUUUAUUUAUCUGUAAUUGGAGAUAAAGACAAAAAUUGCCAAGAUAACACUGAAAGAAAAUCCCUCUACUGGAAAAGUCUCCUCCUCAUAAAAAAAUACUGCCUCAUCGAAACAAACGGCAGAUCAAUCACAAUUCACCGACUGGUCCAGGAAGCAACAAAAUUGGGAAUGGACAACACCCACCAAGAAGAAAUACUCAAGAAACUGAUGGCAUGCAUGGUGACAUUGUGUGACGAUAACACUGUGACGGAAGUAGACAUCUACCAAGCUCUAAUUAUAUGGAAACAUAUCUCCGAAAUUGAUCACCUUGUCACGAAAUGUUCCAACUUUGUCGGCAAGGUCAUUAAUAAACUGAUGGGAUUCUCCUGCUUCCGGGACACUGUGGCGUUUUCGUCAUCCUGUUACGAUGCCCUAAUCCGUUGCAAAGGUGAGACUGACGGUGACACUAUGAUCAUGGGACACCGUCUCGCUGCUGCGCAUCAACUCAACGGUUCCUACGACAUGGCCGUGCCCAUCUUUUCGUCCGUUUUGGAGAAACAGAAACUCCAUCUCGGCCAUGGUCAUGACGAUACGAUUGCAACGGCCAGCAACAUGGCUGGGUGUUUGGGUGCAAUGGGACGUCGCGAGGAAGGAGGUGCACAAUAUUACUGGGUUUACGAACAACUGAUAAAAACUCAUGACGAGAACCACCCCCGCGUAAGACAGGCACUAAGUAACCACGCAGUCUUUGUUAAAGUUAGUCCCAGUGAGAAGAGAAAUAUUUAUUUGAAAUUGCUCGAGGUAAAUGAAAACGUUAGGGAUUCUCCUAAUUUGCUAGUGACACGGUACAAUGUGGGAAUAACGUUUUAUUCGGAGGGGAAUUACACGGAAGCCUUGCAGUGGUGGAAUUCUGUUCUGGAAGUGAGAAACAAAGUGUGCCCCAAAGAUAUAGAGACUUUUCGAACAAGGAAAAUGAUCGCUAUGGCGAAGCAUAAACUUGGGCAGAAUUCCGAAGCUCAGACAGAACUAGAAGCUUUGCUACCAGAAAUGGAAUCUCGGUUGGGGGAGGAUCAUCCAGAUUGUGAAGAAUUGAAGAAUGCCAUUACAAACCUUAGCAAAUAGAUAAGUAGUUCGGAUUAAAUUAGAUAGCUCUUGAGAAGAAAAAGGUCAAUUAAAAACAAUGCAAAUAUUGCUCAACUUUUCAAUAUUCCUAAUUCACAUGUGCAGUGCACAUUGUGCACAUAACAAUUCAACGUCCAUAAAAUUAAAUGAUAUUCCUGUUGCAAAGGAGACGGCUGUAUUUUUUGGAUUGUAUUUUUUACUUUCCAUCAAAAACAUUUUCAAUCCAUUGAUUUGAUCCAAUUCAAUCCAAUUGGUGUUUAUCCAUUUCAUAUUAAUCACAAAAAAUGUUCAUGAAAAUUUGCAACAUAAUCAUGUAUGUAGCUCAUUCCGAGUAGUUUUUUUAAAUAAAAUUGUUAAACCCCUAACAGACAUUAAUUACAAUAAACCCUAACAAGUUACAAGUAGAAAUAAGUUUGUUUUCAUGAUGUGUCAUUAAAUUAAUAACAUUAAUACAUGUAUUUUAUUGAAUAUAAGUGGUACAUUUCCUGGAAAAAUCACUGUCAUCAUUCAAUACAUGUAAAUACGACUAAAUACAAAAUUGACAAAUGCGUAGAUAUAAAUAUGAUCAGUGGUAUGUGUACAUACUGGUAUAAAUGCAACUUUAUUCAAUUUAGGUUACCACAAAAAAACAUGUACAUUGACAAAAAUUGGUUGUAAAAUUUCAUGACUAAAAUUACUGAGAAUAGGAAGCU